AGCUCAUCAACAGUGCAUAUCCAAUGGCCGUCCCUGGGUUUGAAGUCCCCGCAUCUGACGUGCGAGGGAAGCAUAUUACCACUACUCCACUAGUGCACUCUGGACUCGUCCGAAAUUUUACGUCUGACGAAGCGUUCACGCUUACGUCGCAUCCGUAUGAACAGACCUCCUGUCCUUCUUGUGAUUCCACACCAAAGAGGGGAAGCAGUGAUUCGGAUUUCGCUCUUAUUAAAGGUCAUCUGCAGUGCGUACCCUUGAAUGUACCGGGAGCUAAAUUCCGAACAUCUGACACUACAACUCCGCCAGCAUACGCUAGGCGCACCU